ACUCAGCAUUAAUCUUUACAUUCUUUCAUCAAAUUUAGAGAGUUUCUACAAAAGACAGAAAAACUUUAAAUCAUUUACUACAAUGACACAAAGGAUGCAUCCUUACUCAAAGGAAAACUCGUUCGGCCGGUCUGAUUUUCCGGAGGGUUUCCUCUUCGGUACGGCCUCAUCAGCUUACCAAUAUGAAGGAGCCAUAAACGAAGCUUCUCGAGAAGAAAGUGUUUGGGACACAUUUGUUCGCAAAUAUCCAGAGAGAAAUUGCUACUCUAACGCUGAUCAAGCAAUCGAUUUCUAUAACCAUUACAAGGAAGAUAUCCAAAGAAUGAAAGAUAUUAACAUGGAUGCUUUCAGAUUCUCCAUCUCUUGGCCUCGGAUUUUCCCCCACGGAAAGAAAAACAAAGGAGUGAACAAAGAAGGAAUCCAAUUCUAUAACGAUCUCAUCGACGAACUCCUCGCUAACGGAAUCACACCUCUAGCUACUUUAUUUCAUUGGGAUACUCCUCAAGCACUUGAAGAUGAAUACAAUGGAUUUCUAAGCGAAAAAGCUGUUGAUGACUUCAAAGAUUUUGCGGCCUUGUGUUUCGAAGAAUUUGGGGACCGUGUAAAAUUUUGGGUCACACUAAACGAGCCAUGGGUCUAUAGUAUUGGUGGUUACGACACGGGAAGAAAAGCUCCCGGACGUGCCUCCAAAUACAUGAACGACGCAGCGGUUGCUGGAGAAUCUGGCCUCGAGGUUUACACUGUUAGUCACAAUCUACUUCUGGCUCACGCAGAAGCCGUUGAAGUCUUCAGGAACAAUUGUAAAGAUGGCAAGAUUGGUAUCGCUCAUUGCCCCAUAUGGUUUGAGCCUUAUGAUUCGAGCGACCCUGAUGAUAAAGAAGCAUGUGACCGAGCUAUGGAGUUUAUGUUUGGCUGGUGA